AUGGUAAUUUCACACAAAAGUGGGAGCACCAUUAUAAAUUUGCCUGCAUUUCAGCCUUCGAUUGCCCAUCUGAGCUAGUGGCUUACUCCCUUCCUCUGCUCACCUCUUACCUUCUCCAUCAAGCUCUCUCUCUCUCUAACCUGACCUUCCUCCAUGGAUCCUUACAAGUACCGCCCUUCAAGUGCUUUCAAUUCCCCGUUCUGGACCACCAAUGCCGGUGCUCCAGUUUCGAACAACAACUCUUCUCUCACUGUAGGACCCAGAGGUCCGGUUCUGCUUGAGGACUACCAUCUGGUGGAGAAACUCGCCAACUUUGAUAGAGAACGGAUCCCAGAGCGUGUUGUCCAUGCUAGGGGAGCCAGUGCAAAAGGUUUCUUUGAGGUCACUCAUGAUAUUUCUCACCUUUCAUGUGCUGACUUCCUUCGAGCCCCUGGAGUUCAGACACCUGUCAUUGUGCGUUUCUCCACUGUUAUCCAUGAGCGUGGCAGCCCUGAAACCAUAAGGGAUCCUCGUGGUUUUGCAGUGAAGUUUUACACCAGAGAGGGUAAUUGGGACUUGGUGGGAAACAAUUUCCCCGUCUUUUUUGUCCGUGAUGCAAUGAAAUUCCCGGACGUGAUCCAUGCUUUCAAACCGAACCCUAAGUCCCACAUCCAAGAAUAUUGGAGGGUCCUUGACUUCUUAUCUCACCAUCCAGAAAGCCUGCUCACGUUCGCCUUCCUAUUCGAUGACGUGGGAGUUCCACAAGAUUACAGGCACAUGGAAGGCUUUGGUGUACACGCCUAUACUCUUAUCAGCAAGGCCGGGAAGGUACACUACGUGAAAUUUCAUUGGAAGCCCACUUGUGGAGUCAAGUGUUUGUUGGAGGACGAGGCUAUUAAGGUUGGAGGAGCUAAUCACAGCCACGCUACCAAGGAUCUCUAUGACUCAAUUGAAGCUGGCAACUACCCGGAGUGGAAACUUUUUAUUCAGAUAAUGGAUCCUGAUCAUGAAGACAGAUUUGACUUUGACCCACUUGAUGAUACUAAGACCUGGCCCGAAGAUCUUCUUCCCCUGCAGCCUGUUGGCCGUUUGGUACUGAAUAAGAACAUUGAUAACUUCUUUGCAGAGAAUGAACAACUUGCUUUCAACCCGGCCCUUGUUGUCCCUGGUAUCUAUUAUUCAAAUGAUAAGAUGCUCCAAACUCGACUCUUCGCCUAUUCUGAUACUCAGAGGCACCGUCUUGGCCCCAACUAUCUGCAGCUCCCAGUUAAUGCUCCCAAGUGUGCUCAUCACAACAAUCACUAUGACGGAUCUAUGAAUUUCAUGCACAGAGAUGAGGAGAUUGACUACUUCCCAUCAAGGUUUGAUCCUGUUCGCCAUGCUGAGACCUUCCCAAUUCCUUCUAAUAUUUUCACUGGAAAGCGUGAGAAGUGCGUCAUUGAGAAGGAGAACAACUUCAAGCAACCUGGAGAGAGAUACAGAUCUUGGGCACCCGACAGGCAAGAGCGAUUCCUCCACCGAUGGGUUGAUGUCCUAUCCGAACCUCGUGUCACCCAUGAAAUUCGCAGCAUUUGGAUCUCAUACUGGUCUCAGGCUGACCGAUCCUUUGGUCAAAAACUGGCGUCUCGUCUUAACGUGAGGCCGAGCAUUUGAGGGCGAUGCCAAUGCAAGAUGUUUUGAGUAUCGUGAUACUGUCACACUAAAUUUCGCAUGUAAGUGACAUGUAGCCUCAAUGUAAUAAGUCCGAAUCGUUCGUACUAUGCAACUCCAAUGUAAUCCCUGUUUGGUGCCAAUUAUCUCCUGUUAAUGGAUGUGAUCUGGUUGCUGUUCGGGGUUGGCGGUGUUGUCUGAGGCGGCGAUGCUCGGUGAUGGAUGACGUUUCCGGUGGCUGGCUUGGAUCUCUGUCGGUGGAGGAGAUUUCAGCAGAAGCUUCUCGGUUGGUUGUUCUGUGUUUUUUUUGGGGCUUCAUUGUUGUGGGGCCUCUUUCUUGUUUUCUGUUGGUUUCGGUCCUUUUUGAUUGUGUAUAAUUGUAAGUUGGGUUUCUUGUUUACUUGUAAUUUUGGACUUGUUUAAUAAAAGUUGAGGAAGUUUUGACGUAGUUUUACUACAGUCAAACUUUUUCCAAAAAAAAAAUGUAACAAGUGCCGGUUGCAGGCACCGAUUUUCACUGUUUCUAUGCGAGAUGUUGUGUAGUCA